CCGCCUUAAUCCUCUAGAUCGGAACGACAAUCCCCACCACGCACCGUGCUCCCAGUUCACCUCGGCUGGUGCGCGUCCUUCUAGGAGUGGUAGUCUUGGCCUUCUCCGUUCCUCUUUUGUCCUGCGGGGGGGGCCGGCCCUCAGGACUACAUUUCCCUGCGCACCCGCCACCGCCCGCUGCCCCCGGGCGCGGCAGCCAUUUUGUUCCGCCGGAGAAGCCCCUAAGAUGGCGGCGGGGGAGACGGUGAAGGUUGCCGCCUGCCCCUCCGGGCGCUAGCCCGCGCUCUCCGCGUCCCCCGGCGGCCGGCUCAUGGCCUGGCAGAAGCCCGGACCAUGGACCUCCGCACCGCCGUGUACAACGCCGCCCGCGACGGCAAGCUGCAGCUGCUUCAGAAGCUGCUCAGCGGCCGGAGCCGGGAGGAGCUGGACGAGCUGACGGGCGAGGUGGCCGGCGGGGGGACGCCGCUGCUCAUCGCCGCUCGCUACGGCCACUUGGACGUGGUCGAGUACCUGGUGGACCGGUGCGGCGCGAGCGUGGAGGCGGGCGGCUCGGUGCACUUCGAUGGCGAGACCAUCGAGGGCGCGCCGCCGCUGUGGGCCGCCUCGGCCGCCGGCCACCUGGACGUGGUACGUAGCCUGCUGCGCCGCGGGGCCUCGGUGAACCGCACCACGCGCACCAACUCCACGCCCCUGCGCGCCGCCUGCUUCGACGGGCACCUGGAGGUGGUGCGCUACCUGGUGGGUGAGCACCAGGCCGACCUGGAGGUGGCCAACCGGCACGGGCACACGUGCCUCAUGAUCUCCUGUUACAAGGGCCACCGCGAGAUCGCCCGCUACCUGCUGGAGCAGGGCGCCCAAGUGAACCGGCGCAGCGCCAAGGGCAACACUGCCCUGCACGACUGUGCCGAGUCCGGCAGCCUGGAGAUCCUGCAGCUGCUGUUGGGGUGCAAUGCCCGCAUGGAGCGCGACGGCUACGGCAUGACCCCGCUGCUGGCGGCCAGCGUCACGGGCCACACCAACAUCGUGGAGUACCUCAUCCAGGAGCAGCCUGCCGGGGAGGGGGUGCGCGGCCCGGGAUGCGCGCAGUCGCAGGGGGCCUGCUGCCGCGCCUCCGCCCCAGAGGAGCCGCUUGGCGAUUCCUACGAGAGCUGCUGCCCCACCAGCCGGGAGGCUGCCGUGGAAGCGCUGGAGUUGCUGGGAGCCACUUACGUGGAUAAGAAGCGGGAUCUGCUCGGGGCCCUGAAGCACUGGAGACGGGCCAUGGAGCUGCGGCACCAGGGCGGCGCCUAUCUGCCCAAGCCAGAGCCCCCGCAGCUGGUCCUGGCCUACGACUAUUCUAGGGAGGUGAACACCACCGAGGAGCUGGAAGCGCUGAUCACGGACCCGGAUGAGAUGCGCAUGCAGGCCCUGCUGAUCCGAGAGCGCAUCCUGGGCCCCUCUCACCCAGACACUUCCUACUACAUCCGCUACCGGGGUGCGGUGUACGCCGACUCGGGCAACUUCGAGCGCUGCAUCCGCCUGUGGAAGUACGCCCUGGACAUGCAGCAGAGCAGCCUGGAGCCCCUGAGCCCCAUGACCGCCAGCAGCUUCCUGUCGUUCGCCGAACUCUUCUCCUACGUGCUCCAGGACCGGGCGGCCAAGGGCAGCCUGGGCACGCAGAUCGGCUUCGCAGACCUCAUGGGCGUGCUGUGCAAAGGCGUGCGGGAAGUGGAGCGGGCCCUGCAGCUGCCCAAGGAACCGGGGGACUCGGCCCAGUUCACCAAGGCUCUGGCCGUCAUCCUGCACCUGCUUUACCUGUUGGAGAAGGUGGAGUGCGCGCCGGACCAGGAGCACCGCAAGCGCCGGACGGUGUACCGGCUGCUCAAGUGCGCCCCCCGCGGCAAGAACGGCUUCACGCCCCUGCACAUGGCCGCGGACAAGGACACCACCAACGUCGGCCGCUACCCGGUGGGCCGGUUCCCCUCCCUCCAGGUGGUCAAGGUGCUGCUUGACUGCGGGGCCGACCCGGACAGCCGGGACUUUGACAACAACACCCCGCUGCACAUAGCGGCUCAGAACAACUGCCCCGGGAUCAUGAACGCCCUGGUCGAAGCGGGUGCCCACAUGGAUGCCACCAACGCCUUCAAGAAGACCGCCUACGAGCUGCUGGAUGAAAAGCUGCUGGCCAGGAGCACCAUCCAGCCUUUCAACUACGUCACCCUGCAGUGCCUUGCAGCCCGCGCCCUGGACAAGAACAAGAUCCCCUACAAGGGCUUUAUCCCCGAGGAGCUGGAGGCCUUCAUCGAGCUACACUGAUGGGUUUCGGAGAGAGCAGAACCCGGGAGGGGCGGCGCCCGCAUGCGCGCUCACCGUCUCUUCGUGAGCCCUCGGGCCCUGCAGCCUCCGCGGCCCCAUCUCCCCUCUGCGGAGAGGGGAGAGGAACUAGCAGGGUGUCGGUGCUCACAGCCUUCGGGAUCGUGUGCUUGAAGAGCUGUUUUUGGCCUGGAGUCUGCGGGCCCGCCUUCCGUCGGGAGAAGAUGCGCGCGCGCCCUUCCCCAUGUCCCAGCCGCCUGGGUUCCAGAGGAUUCUGCCUCUUUGCCUGGAGGCAGAGGAAUGGAAGCUUUUGCCUUCUUUCUCUCCUAGCAACAGGAAGAAGCUGAGAACCGGGUCCAUGCUUCUCUGCCCCUACGUCGCCGGAUAAACGCAGCCGCCCAGUGGAGCGCUGGGACCGGGGGCUCCUGAGGUCAGAAGUCGGAGCCGCGAGAAGCAAGACCGACCCUCACUUCUUCCAGCAGCACACUUGCACGCCGCUCCCCGCCCGGGACUCCCUGCCCCUGGCAUUGCUUGCGUUGGUUUGCUGUUCUGUUGAUUCCUGAGUGGCCGGGUGACACGGGGGGGCACAGGAGUCCCGAGGUUUUCCCGCCAUGGUUUUUUUUCUUUUUUAAAGAAUGUUUUGUGAGAUUUAAGAGGUGAAUUCCACACGGAGGUUUCCGUUGUGCCUGGGAUGGCGAGGCUGUCAGGAGUGAGCUUUACAGUGUAGAGGGUUUGGUGAGGCAGGUGGAAGUCCGCGGUGUCGGGCCCUAAAGUGACAGUGACUGUGUUUUUUUAAAACCUCACUCAUUUGCCUUCUGCUGGGGCUUCCCGACCUUGCGUUCUCAUCGGCAGGAGAAGCAUUUUCCGAACGCCGAGGGAGCUGGCGUGGCGUCUCCCGCACCCAGCGAGAACUGGAGGGCCUGGCUUGGGUGUGGUUCUCGCAGUUUCUGAGUCCAGAAACGCCAGGCCGCCGCACCCUCGCAGAUCCCCAGCGGGGAGCAGCCCAGCGGCUCUGGCUUUUUUUUUUUCUUUUCUUUUCUUUUUUUUAGCUGCUUGAAAGCCUGAAUCCAGGUGUUCCCGAGCAGAGUCCAAGUACGCUGUGGAGGCAGCCAGGUAGGACAGGGAACGGCCACAGGUUGCCAACUGCAGAAUCUCGGUUUCCCGCGCUCAGGGUCUCACGUGCCCGGGCUGGAGAAGCUGCCGCCUCGAGAUCUCUCUGGAGCGAGUCUGCACACGCCCUGGCCGGCAGAGCAGGGGCAGUAGAAGGGGACAGAAGCAGCUGCCCGCACGCAGGGGGAGGGUCACAUCCAGGAGAGGGGCGUCCUCCCCCCACCCCCGUGCCUCUCCCACAGCCUUGGCGCGUGGCAGCGACACGGCCCACGUGGGGCCCCCGGCUGCCCCGCCCUCCGAGGAAACCGGCCUCGUUUGCAUUUGCAGUGUUAGUUAGGACGUUAUUUAUUCACGAGGCCAGGCUCGACCUUCCGUCGAGGCACGAAACAGUCGCUGUCCCUCGAAAGCGUGGAAUAAAGCAGUGAGGCAGUUUACGGUCCGA